UUCUUUAUCAAUUGAAACUCAUAAGCAUAUCUGACAUAUGUCUAUAUCUCUAAUAUAACAUCUAUUGAAUAUAAUAUCUAUUAAUUAGAAGAUCUGCUAGUCCAAACCUUAAACCUUAUCCUUUCUACCUCAUAUAAACGCCCAUUUUCCUUUGUUUCUCACUAAACACCAUCAAAGUGAAUUCAAAUGAAACCUCUUUCAAUUGAUCAGUUGCUUAAUGUAAAAUAUACAAACAUCGACGACAAAACUAUUCCCACUACUCCUCUUAAUAAUAAAAAUAAUAAUCUCGACGAACAAAUUGAUUGGCUUCUAACUACAAGCAAUAAAAAAACAUCUGAAAAGUUACAGAUAAGUAAACAAACUGCUGCGUUUUUAAGAAGGUCUGUUCAAUCAUCAAUUAAUAUUGAUUUCAAUUCUAUUCAAAACUCGUCCAACAACCUUCUUAAUAAUCCCUUCAACAACUGUUUUAUAAACAAUCACAAUGAUUUUUUCAUUAACACCACAUUCAACAACCGCUACAACAAUUUUAAAAUUAUUAACAUAAACUUACCGCCAAUAAAAAACUUGAUGAAAAUUUAUGAAAAUCUCGUUUCUAAAGAAUUAACUAUUAAUAAUAAAACUAUAAAUAAUGAUUUUUCAAAAUUCGAUAAUAUCCAAAAAAAAUUGUUAAAAGAACCAAUUAAAAUUACAAAAGUAACAACUGAUUUUUUAAAAUUGUGUUUGAAAAGAAAUACAAGCUUAUCUAUCCACGACAAAUUGGCUUUCAAUAAAUCCGAUGGUCAGAAUAAUAUUAACAAAUAUAAAAUUCAUAACGAAUUUUCCUUGAAAAUAUCUGAAAAACCCACAAAUAUCGCUAAUAGAGAUGACUCAAAACUACUAGUUAAUCUACCAAUGAUCACAAAUAUUGAUAAAUUACUAUCCACAAACGAUGAAUAUUUGCAAUCUCUUUUCAAUGAUUCUGUUUUGAAAAACUCAAAAUCAAUCAAAAAUCAAAUGCUUUCAAUGUCGCAAAAUCAAAUAACCACAAAAGUACUCAAUAAAUGUUCUUUGGAAUCCAAAUUCAAAUUAAAAGAGUUUUAUAUUAAACCCUCAGAGUCUCACUAUCAAGAUUCUGAUUUGAAUUAUGAAAAUUCCUUAUCUUUUUACAAGUCGGUUUUUCCAUCUUAUCCAUACAAUACUCAAACCGAUUUUCCUAAUAUUAAAAAAAUCCAAAAUGAUCGUUACAUUGAAAGUUUAUUUCAAAAUCUUAACCAAUUCUCAAAUAUUUUUGAUGAAUCUUUAAACCAUGAAUUUUCACUUUUUAAAUUAAAACUACCAUUUAUUAAUGACUCAGAUAUAAAUCCAUCUUUAGAUUCCUUUUUCAUUUCAUCUUUAAUUUCAAAUUAUAAUCUUUUACCAAAUCAUUGUCAUGUCAAUAAAAAAUUAUUAAAAAAUAUUUCUUGGGUUCCAUUUAAAAUAUCUUCAAAAAUAACUCGUUUUCCCGAUAAUUUUUUAUAUCAACCAUUAAAUUGCUCAAUCAAUUUAAAUCUUAAUGAAUAUAUAUCAUUAAAAAAAUUCAAUUUACUUUUGAAUAAUCUCAAAACUCUUCGUCAUUUUCAUAUACAUAAUUGGGUAAAUAUAGAAAAAUUACAAAAGAAAUCUCAAGUUGAUAACAAAAAAAUCAAACAAAAUCCUAAUUUUCCUUAUGAAAAAAUUGAUUUAAUUAAUACAAUAUGCAACGACAUUGAUAGGACAACAAAAAGCUUAAUUCAGAAUCAAAAUGAUCAAACUAUUUCAUCUAAUGAAAAUAUUUCCGUCGAUUCUUCAAUUUUAUCUUCUAAUCUAAACAAUCUGCAAGAGCAAGAAGAAUCUUUUAAAACUUCCGAUAUUAAUUUAUUCACAAAAAAUAAUUCAUUGCAAAAUUUAAAACCAGAAAUUAAUUAUGAUAGUUUAAGAAAUUCACAAUUUUUGACAAAUUCAACUGAAAAACUGAAUUUGGAAUCUGUUCAAUCAUUCCAAAAUAUAGAUAUAGGCAAUUCUAUCGAAUUUAAUAAUAAUGAAAUUAUACUAAACUCAACUUUUAUAAACUCUUUAAAUAAAUCAAAAAGGCACAUCAAUGAUAUGCUAGAAAGUUCUAAAAUUAAAGAUAAUUCACUUCUUUCAAAUAAUAUAUCUCAAUAUGAUGAGGAAUAUGAUGAAGAGUUGGAAUCUUUGAUUAUUGCAAAAAAAAGAAAAAUCAGUUCAUCUAAUGAUUUUGAUAAGAAAAUUCAAAAUAAUAUUAAUAAUUUCCCGUUGUUGGAUCUAUUGAAUUUUUCCACUAAUACCCUAAAUAGAAAACCAUCAAAUAAUGAUAAUAGUCUUUCUUUAAACAAGUCUUCCGGUUCAAAUAUCUUUGAAACUAAAGAAAAUAAUCUAAAUAAUAUCGCAAAUAUAAAAGAUAUGCUAAAUGAUAAUUGUGUACAUACCAUUCAAAAGAGAACAAUAAUUUUCAAUAUAUCUAGUAUCGAUAAAAACUAUAACCUCUUUAAAAAUCUAGAAAUGGCAGAUAUAGUUCAUAUACAUGAAUUUGAAUUUGAAUUAACAUGCCCUCAAAUAAAUGAUGUUGAUUUUAUUAUUUCAUCAAUUUCCUGUGCACUAAUUAUCUCCGAUGUUUUGUUGAACCAAAUUGAUAUUUCAACAAAUAGUUUAAUUAUAAAUCAAAAAAUAUUAAAUCUUAAAAAAUAUUUUAAAAAGAUAUAUGUGAUUAUUGAAAUGAGUGAUUAUUUUUUAAAUAAUUCAAAAAUAUCAGGAAGCUAUCACAAAAAUAUACAAGAUCUAACAGAGUUUCAAAUUUUUCUUCUGGCUGCUAACAACAUUGAAUGCUUUUGUAUUAAAAAGACAACCCACGAUUAUCCAUUAAGCUUUUUGUUGUUAAAUCUAGCACAGUCACAAGGAGAAGUUUAUUCUGAUGUCAAUGAACCAGAACCAAUAAAUCAAAACAUGAAAUUUUUAUUUGAAUGUGGAAUAAAUCCCUUUUUGGCAAAAAAAAUUCUAUUGAAAACCACUUUGUAUGAUUUUAUUUUGCUAAAACGAAAAGACAGAGAAAAAUUGUUUGGAGAAUUUUUGACAUUAUAUUUUUUGGAUACAUUAGAUAAAUUAUUCUCAACACCAUGGAUAUUAGAAUGUUGAGUUUAGCUUGCAAGAAUAACAAAAAUAGACCAAUUUGCAUAUAUUAAAUUUAAAACAGUGAUUAUGAUAUAAAAAAAAGAAAUAAAUCAAGAAAAAAAAAGUAUUAAGAAUGAAAGAUUUAUAUAAACAAGAAAAAAAAACAAAAAAACUGGCAAUAAA